ACUCCGGGAAUUCUCAAAUCACUCAACACCAACUCAAGCCAUGAACUUGCAAUCGUGAAACGUGUGGAAUUUGUAAAUUUAUAUUUCUCAAAAUAGAUACCCACCGUUAAGUUUACAUUUUAUCGGGAUAUUCUUAGAAUAAGAAUUUAAAAGUUGAAUUAAAAUUACAUCAUGGAGCCAGACGAAGAAAACGCUUUAAACUCAGAGUCUGAAGAUGAGGACUAUAUACCAGGAGCUCAACCUAGUGAAGUUGUAAGUGAGGAAGAAGAAGAUGGUGAUCCUGAAGCCAAGAGUGAUGAGAGCCGCAAAAGGAAGAAAAAAUCUGCUGGUGGAAAGCAAAGAACAAAGCGCCAACGCCGCCGCAAAGGAGAAGAUGAUGAUGAAACUGAGGACGACUCCGACGACCAAGAUUUUAUCGUUAGUGAAAAAGAUUUGGAAGAAAAUCCAGAAGAAAUCGAGACUGAGGAUCCGGAAACGAAAGCGCGAAGGGAGCUGAUGGAAAAGGAACGUACGGAUAGACUUUGGGAAGAUUUUCUUACGGAUGUUGAAACUACUCAAGCCAAAAGACGACAGGAGAAAGAAACUGGGUUUAAAACUCCAACCGAGAAAAUCGUUACAAAAGUGUAUGAUUUUGCUGGAGAACGGGUACAAGUGCAGGAGAAAGUUAAAAUUGAACAACAUACGAAGCAUAAAGGUGUUUCAACAUCAUUAAAUGGAACCACGACGGCAAAUACAGAAUCUAACAAUGGAUCUGAAAGUGGAAAUUCGGAAGAGGGCGAUACACCGAAACGGACAAAGAAAUAUAGAGUUAGUUUCCUUAGUGGGAAUCCCUCAGAUAUAGGGUUGGGGGGUGGAAAAGGAGUCAGUGCUAAGGAGGGAUUGUCAAAUGUUCUAAAUGCUCUGCAAGCUAAAAAGAAGAAAAUUGGAACAUUGGAAAAAUCAAAGCUGGACUGGGAAGCAUAUAAACAAGAUCAAAAUAUUCAUGAAGAGAUGUCAAUUCACAAUCGCAGCAAGAAUGGAUUUAUUGAUAAACAAGAGUUCUUACAACGAGCUGAUGUACGCCAAUUCGAAAUAGAAAAAGCAGCACGAUCAAAGAGAAGAAGGCCUUUGUGAAUAUAAGCACAUAAUGAUAUUUUUUGUAAAUUUGUUUGUUUUUAAUACCAAGUUAUUGAUAAGGUUCAUUUUAUAUUACUAGUUUCGCCGUAUUCCACUUCGUUUGUGGGUUAGCUUAGUCGUACUUGUGAUAAUUAAGAAACAAAAUAUGUAGAGAGUAUUAUGUAGCAAUCACGGAAAGCAAGUAUCGAGACUUUUUACAUGUUAUUAUGAGUAUACAUAUGGUCAAUGGUAUAAAUUACAUUCGAAUCUUGACAUGUAUAAAAUAAAUUCAAAAUACAACCUUAA